AGGACCUGAGGCCUCGAGGCCUGAUGGGCCACCGUUACGCCAAGCUCCAAGUAGGACACUCGUGAUUCGCCGUUCAUUUUGCGCCGGUAAACCUCACUGCUAUUAGUAGCGCUCAACGUUUGCUCAACUCCCACCCAUCCCAUUCGCGAGAACAUGAGUGCUAACACGAACAACCUCUCUUCGACUCCACAGACCAUUUAUGUCAAACAUGCGAUUCAUCCAGAGAGCGGUGAUUCCUUCCGCGCUGUAGCAGCUUCCACUAAAUCUCUCAAAGCAAGCCAGAAGGACUUCGGCGUACAAUGUACGCAAUGUCAAACGAAAUUGGAGAAGCCUUUGAAAUGCGCAAAGUGUAAGGGCGUCUGGUAUUGCUCAAAAGAGUGCCAAAAGAAAAAUUGGUCCACCCACAAACCGGCAUGCCAUGAGGUCGAACGCUCCUCGGGGGUAUUCAAAUUCAUACAAAUGUUCGGUGUAAACCCGGUGCUCAUGGGGCUCCUCAAAGUCGCUAUCAUCUUUGACUGUGGCCUGUUCGAGAAUCCCCGGAUCGGAUUCGAUGUGCCAUUCAUGGCACGUGCACGUGUUGACAUUGCAAUAGAACCUAGUGAUGUUCUUGACUUUGUUAGAUUGUAUUUCAACGACAAGGCUGUUGGAGACAAACUUCAAGGGAUGUUGCAAGUCAAUACGAUCAUUCCGUGGCACCCAAGAACGCAAAGUCCCUUUAUGCCGAAGCGGCUACAGCUGUGGCGUGAGGCUCGAGCAAAGUAUAACUCAGAAGGUCUUGCCAAAGAUCCCGUAGGACUCGUAAAGUUCAUUGGCUGUAGUUGUGCAGAGGACUCAAAGAACUCAUUGACUGCUGAGUUGCACAUCCCGGCUGUUGUCCUUGACAUGGCAAGGCAACGCGAGCCCUUCACAUUUGUCUCUGCUGUCACGGGCAUGCAGUUUAACAAACCCAUGAGCACUGUGACAUGUCUAGAGUAUAUCAAUGUGCAUAUUCGAGCGGACAAGCAGAAUCAGCUACACAAGCAAGCUAUUCGCGCUGCAGGUCGUAAUGAGCAUACAUUUCCGGCUCGUACCCUCAAACAGAAGAUGGAAAGAGAACACCUCUAUGCUGGUAUCAUGGAAAUAAUACGUGAAACAGCCAAAUCCACAUACUCGCCAACGGUCAAUAUUUUCAUUCUUCCUAUAUUUCAAUCUCAAUUGUGACUGAUCUCAACGGGCGUUGAAUCCGCGUUGUGACGCACCUAUUUGACAUAAUCAAACACUUGAUAGACUCAAAGAUCGCUGCAGAGGACCUCAAACUCAACACGUGUGAUCGAUGAAUGGCAUAGAAAUCGAUCCCGUCAUGGAGGU